AUGGAUGAGAACCCAUCAACUACCUCAAAUCGUGUUCUCGACCGAUUCUGCCAUCAAUAUCUUCAACUUCAACUCAAGCUCGACUAUCCGGACGGGGAAUACCUCCGCAACUCAGUCUUCCAGAAGUCCAUAUUUUCGAGAUUAUUUCAAGAAGAAGCCAUUCAACACCCUCCGCCCAAAGGAUACCAAUUUCGUGUUUUAAAAGAGUUUGUGAAAAGAAUUGAAGAAAGUAUUCAGAACUGGGAUGAGGAGGAGUUGAAUGAUGAUCUAUUCGAAGCACUAUCUUUACUUAUAUCCUCCUCCAUUCCAUCAGAUCUUGCUUCAGCCCAAGAAGAGUCAUAUGUAACCUAUAGUCUCUCACUAUUAGCUGAGGAUGCAGCCAAAUCGCCUACAAUAACACUACGAGAGGCAAGAAAUGUUCUUGCUGCUUCCGGAACUACUGGACUACGAACUUGGGAAGCAGCACUACAUUUUGGAAACUAUCUAAUCAAGAACGCUCCUAAUCUUGUGGAAGGAAAAUCAGUUCUUGAACUUGGAGCUGGAACUGGCUACUUGUCUAUGCUCUGCGCCAAACAUUUAAAGGCUAGUUAUGUUCUUGCUACCGAUGGAUCAGGAGAAGUUGUAGAAGGACUGCAAACAAGUAUUUACCUCAAUGAUUUGCAUACGACCUCCAAGAUUGAUGGCAAAGAGCUCAAAUGGGGAUAUCCUCUCAUGGGUGGAGAAGAACCAGAAUGGAAUGGCGGACGCAAAGUUGAUCUUGUUAUUGGUGCCGAUUUAACUUACUAUGAGACUGGCAUUCCACCGCUACUAUCAACCUUCGAUAACGUCUUCGAAUUAUAUCCAAAUGUCAGAAUCAUCAUUGCCGCUACAAUUCGAAACGAAGAAACAUUCCGGAAAUUCUUAGACAAAUGCGCUGUUUGGGAAUUCUUGAUUGAUGAAAUUGACUUUCCGAUGAUCGAGACCGGAUCACAGCAAGGUCCCUUCUACGAGGAUCAUGUGCCUAUCAAGAUUCUGGAUAUCCGGAAAGGUUGA